CCAGCAUUUCACCCGAGCCCUGCACAAAAUCCAUUCUUUUCCUCCUGUCACUCACCGCAGUUGCCUAGUAUCGUUGAACAUCACACUAGACUGUGCUACACUGUUUUCCACAGGAGGAAGAGACGCUGUCAUCUGCAAAAAAAGUGGCAGAAACCAUUCUAAAAAUCUAAAGCCCAUUUGGCAUUUCACGCAUUUUUAGGUAGUAGCACGUAUGCCAUCAUCGCCGCCUUCGUAUUUGCGCUGCAGUGACAUAAGAAGGCUUCUUUGGGAAAUAAGGCCGCAGUUUUGCGAAUUACCACUUUUAUUUGUAUCGAAUCAGUUACGACUCGGUAAAUGAGUGAGCUGUGCCUUUUAUCAAGACACCAGUCCAACGUAUUCUGCCGAUUUUGUUGCUAAGGAGCAGAAGCUCUUCUCGGUUUGAGGGGUUGUGGACAGCGCCGAAAAGGUAGUCACGGAUGUCGCGACAGUCCAGUUUGUCCCGUUGCCACCGGGACCCGUGUUGGUGAGCGCUCAAGACUGAAAGCCGCGGAUCUGGGGGAGUGUCAGUGAAACGAACGAGAGGAAAGCCUGCCCUGGAUUUCAAUCAUUUGCGAGAUAAGGCCCGAACGCAGAGAGAAGGGACAGGGCCUGCUCCUUCGCCUCCUCCGCUUCGACGCUACCCCCUCAUUCCCUGUUUCCUCCGUGAUUUGCUAGGAUCCGCACUCGGGUGAAGUUGGAUACAUUUCGGUGAGGACUUACUUGAGAGCGAGGCCCCCUGGACCCCCUCCCCCACUCCCUUGCAACCCCCUCAAUCCAUCUAUUUCCCCAAUUUUCAAGAGAGGAUUGGGAUUCCACAACCAUCCGAGGUCCGUGUGGUUUAGUCCCGUCGAAGCCGGGCUCUCCAAACCAGGGGGAUGACUUUAGAAUCUAUGAUGGCUUGCUGCCUGAGUGAAGAGGCGAAGGAGUCGAAACGAAUCAACGCAGAGAUCGAUAAGCAGCUUCGCCGAGACAAGCGAGACGCCAGGAGGGAAUUGAAAUUACUUCUUCUCGGCACGGGAGAGAGCGGCAAGAGCACAUUCAUAAAGCAGAUGCGCAUCAUCCAUGGCGCAGGCUACACGGAUGAGGACAAGCGCGGCUUCACCAAGCUGGUCUACCAGAACAUCUUCACAUCCAUGCAGGCCAUGAUCCGUGCCACGGAGAACCUCAAGAUCGGGUACAAGUACGACCAGAACAAGUCCAAUGCCAUGUUAUUGAAGGAGGUGGACAUUGAGAAGGUGUCAGGGUUCGACCAGCCCUACGUCAACGCCGUGAAGAUGCUGUGGGCCGACCCCGGCAUCCAGGAGGCUUACGACCGCCGCCGAGAGUACCAGCUCUCUGACUCCACCAAAUACUAUCUUAGCGAUCUGGAUCGCAUUGCCGAACACAACUACCUGCCCACACAGCAGGAUGUGCUUAGGGUGCGCAUCCCCACCACCGGCAUCAUAGAGUACCCUUUCGACCUCCAGAGCAUCAUCUUCAGGAUGGUGGAUGUUGGAGGCCAGCGUUCCGAGAGGAGGAAGUGGAUCCACUGCUUUGAGAACGUCACGUCCAUCAUGUUCCUCGUGGCAUUGAGCGAGUACGACCAGGUCCUCGUGGAGUCCGACAACGAGAAUCGUAUGGAGGAGAGCAAGGCCCUGUUCCGGACCAUCAUCACAUAUCCCUGGUUCCAGAACUCCUCCGUCAUCCUCUUCCUCAACAAGAAGGACCUGCUGGAGGAGAAGAUCUCCUACUCCCACCUGGUGGACUACUUCCCUGAGUUUGAUGGCCCACAGCGGGAUGCGCAGGCGGCUCGGGAGUUCAUCCUGAAGAUGUUUGUGGACCUGAACCCCGACAGCGACAAGAUCAUUUACUCGCACUUCACCUGCGCCACCGACACCGAGAACAUCCGCUUCGUCUUCGCCGCCGUCAAAGACACCAUCCUGCAGCUCAACCUCAAAGAGUACAACCUGGUGUGAGCCAGCGCUGGGCCUCACACACACACGCACACACAUGCGCGCACAUACACAGGCAUGCACACACAUACUUACACACAUGCAUAUAUAUACACACACACACACAC